CUUUGGCGUUGAUAUAUUUUUCCAAUUCCAUCCUGUGCAGCAAUUAUAUAUUUAAUUGCAACUAAUCUUAUUCUUAUUCUUAUUAGUGCACCUUUUCUGCUUGCCUUCUUCUACACGAAGUAAUUCUGAUUUUGAGCAUAGAUUAGUCGUGCAAGGUUGAUUGACAGUCUGACCGAAGAUUUCACUGUAGAGAUUUUACAAUGAUGAAUUGUAUCACCUACACAGUCUCCUAAAAUAAAUCAACAAAAAUUUAUAUAUACAAAAAAUUGAAGAUUUCGUUGGAUUCGAAUUCCGAUUUCCGAUUCAGUGAAUGACAACCACAUAAAUAUUUUCCAUUUAUUCAAUCCCUUGCUUUUUCCACUCUGCCAGUGAGCCCAUCAAGAUAUCGAAGUCUUUGUUCAUUUAGAAGUAUUUGAUCAAAAUAGCAACCAUGGCGAGCCAACUGGUACCGAUGCGGGGGCUUGUGCACCUGCGGCAGAGCUGCAGGCAUGCUCCAACGGCGGUCGGACGAUCAGACUCAACGAGGUGCGUCUCUUCCACCUCUGUUGCAGCAAGGCAGAGCCGCAUGAGAACUCAGGACACGACCCGCAUGCAUAUGUUUAGCACCAGUUGUACAACUUCUUCACGUGCUGCGGCUGGUGCGAGAGGAUCAAUCUUUGGUGUCGCGAGAAGUAGAUCUAGAGCGUCUGCGUGUCCAUUGGUGUGGAGGUCCUCGACGUCUCCUCUGAGCCGUUGUGCUCGAAUCAGCGCAUCUUGUUCAAGGAGCUUCUCGUCAGCCGCGGAAGAAGCAGCAGUGGAGAGAGACCAGAUGGAGUACGAUAUCGUCAUCGUGGGCGGCGGACCUGCAGGGUUAGCUGCCGCGAUCAAAGCGAAGCAGGUGCAGCCCGAUUUGAACGUGUGCUUGAUCGACAAAGGCGCUGAGGUCGGCGCUCACGUUUUGAGCGGUAAUGUCUUUGAUUAAGGCUCAAAUGAAUUCAUUUCCAAUUCCAAGCAGGGUCUGUCUGUCAUUUUAUUUUCUCUUCUUCCUUCUUGUUCUUGGGAACUACAAGGGGAACAAACUUAAAGAAAUGAUAAUGAACUAACGAAAUGAAUUACUUUGAGCUCUAAUUUGAGCCACGCGCCUUAGACGAGUUGAUCCCGGACUGGCGAGAGCGUGAGGGUGCACCAUUAGGCGGCGAGCAGCACGAGACGCCGGUCGAAAAAGAGGCCUUCUUUUUCCUACUGAACGAGAAACGGAGUAUCAAAUUGCCGAACUUCUUGUUGCCCAAGGAACAGCAGAAUCACGGGAACUACGUCAUCUCCCUAGGCAAUCUCUGUCGCUGGCUGGGCGAACAGGCAGAAGAAUUGGGCGUUGAGAUUUUCCCAGGGUUUGCCGGUGAAAAACUCAUCUACGAAGAAGAAUCAACAGAAGCAGUAGACGGUUCUACUCCACGAGUAAUCGGUGUCCAAUUGAAAGACGUGGGCAUAGCGAAAGACGGAACGCAAAAAGAUAGUUUCGAACUGGGUAUGCAACUCAUGUUAAGGCUCAAUUUAAUUCAAAUUCAAAUUUCUGCAGCAAGUCAUGAUUUCUCACUGCUUUCUUCUUAGGAACAAGGUGAAAAAAAUGGAAGCAGCAAGAAAUAAAUUACUUUUAGCUCCUCUAAUUAUGGGCAAGCAAGUGAUUCUUGCGGAAGGCUGUCGUGGAUCUCUGACGCUUGACUGCAUCGACAAAUUCAAUCUUGCUGAGGAAUCUUGUCCGCAGCAUUACGGCUUCGGAAUCAAGGAAGUCUGGGAGGUAGACCCUGAAACCAACGAACACUUUAGGUACUUCUAUAUACUUUUGAUUCUGCUUUUUUACAAUUUUUGGAGUUGGACUACUAGCUCAAAUUGUAGAUGAGAAAUUGUAGGUAACUACCUUCAACAUAAAAACGAACAUGUCAAACUGAAAUAGUCCCACAACUACCUCAACACAGUCCUGGCUUCAUUUCGCAUAGUGUCGGAUGGCCGCUCGACCAAAGCACCUAUGGCGGGAGUUUCAUGUACCAUAUGAAGCCAAAUCUGAUUCACAUCGGAUUCGUUGUCGGACUGGACUACAAGAACCCGCACUUGUCACCGUACCAGGAAUUGCAGAGGUUCAAGCAUCACCCGCGUAUUUCCAAGUAUCUCGAAGGAGGCACUUGCGUGAGCUACGGAGCGCGCUGCAUCAAUGAAGGUGGACUCCAGUCCAUUCCAAAGCUGACAUUUCCAGGAGGGGUGCUAGCAGGCUGUGGACCGGGAUUCUUGAACGUGCCGAAAAUCAAAGGAAGUCACACAGCAUUGAAGACGGGAGCGCUCGCAGGAGAACACGUGGCAAAUUUUCUGUUAAGGUGGCAAAUUUCCUGUUCAUUCAAGACUGUUGUAGAUCGUGCUUGUGGUGCAUUAGUCCUAAAGUAGGAGUUGUAGACUAGUGGUCAACAUUGUGUUUAAGUCUCUUCCUUCGGCACGCCAUAGCUGGACUUUUUCACGCAGCAUGCCGAAAUUAAAAUCGCCUUCUAAUUCUUGCCGCCAACGCUGAAGGCGAGGAAGGAGAAGCGGCCGCAGCAGAGAAAACUACAAGCGAUUUAGCCACGACUGGUGAAGUGCAGGUAACCAGCUACCAAAAAGCGGUGGAAAAUAGUUGGGUGUAUGACGAGUUAAAAGUAGUUCGGAAUUGUCAACCAAGCUUCAAGUAUGGCCUCUUCGGGGGUCUCAUCUACUCAGCCAUCGCUUUGCACGUGACACGGUAUAAUCUUUUUAGCAAGAGAAUGAAUCGUGUGUUUUUUAGUUUUGGUGUAUACAACUGAUUUUAAAUUCAACAAGAGAAUAAAUCCAUCGUGUUGAACUGAUGUUGUUGUUGUUUUUAGUUAUUUUUUAUAGAGAAGCUAGCAGAAGCUGCAGCGUCAUCCUUUCUUUGAAUGGUUCUGGUAUUUGGUAACCUGAGUUUGAUCCUAAGGGAAAACAAGAAGAGAACCCUUAGGAUCAAAUUCAGGUUACCAAAUACCAGAACCAUACACUCUUGAUGGUCUCCUUUACUACAGGGGUCGCGAGCCAUGGACGUGCCGAUGGACGAAAAAGGAUCACGAGUACACAGAACCUGCGGAGAAGCAUACAAAAAUCGAGUACCCCAAGCCGGAUGGAAAGUUGUCCUUCGAUAUUCUGGAUAAUUUGAUCCGUUCCGGCGUCAAGCACGACCACGACCAGCCUGCGCACUUGAAAGUGAAGGAAAGCCAUUCCUCAGUCCCCCUCGACGUGUCGCUGAAGGAGUACGAUGGGCCAGAACAACGCUUUUGCCCCGCAAAGGUGUACGAGUAUGUGCCGGGUGAAAACGGAGAAAAACGACUACAAAUCAACGCCCAGAACUGCGUACACUGCAAAUGCUGCAGCAUAAAAACACCGAUGGAGUACAUCCGUUGGACAGUCCCAGAGGGUGGCGGCGGACCGCAAUACAGCGGUAUGUAGAGCAGCUUUAUGUACUUACUGAGAAGUAGAUAGUCUUGCUUGUUCCUUGUAUGUUGUAGAAGUUUUUGAAUAAUUGAAAAUAGAACCGCGAAAUAGAAUUAGAAAGUGAUGAGUCUGCAACUACAUUGUGCCGGCGGUACAAGAAGGAUGUUUGGAGAACCCGCCUAAUCGAGUGCGUCAAAGUGAAUCAAUAAGACAUAGCUGUAAAGAAGUGCAACAUUAUGACGCAUUCUUGUGCAAUUUUUGUAAGUUUUUGUCUGCCUCUGCGAUAACGAGGAAAUCCUACACCUUCCCAUUGAUGAUAUACACAGAGUUUGUAUCUAUACUUAAUUCGUCUAGCCACAUCAAGAGCAACAUGCUAUGGCAUCGCGAACGUGAAAUGAUAUGCCUGUGGUCUCUCGCCUAAACGAGAGCUGCAAAUCGAUCAUAGUAUAUUCCAGUUAGAGUUAUGAUGAUUUCCAAUCUUCUAGAAUAGAAGAUCAUCCACUCUUCAUUGGCUUAUGUUGUAGUUUUGAAAGCAGACUAGCACAGGGACAGAUUAGGCCUAAGUGUAGAAAAGGGUGAGACAUGGGGCUGGACUUCCAUCCUAAUGUUGACCUGAAUAUCAGUGUAUCAAAGGUUGUAGACUAAUAUAUCGACUCAACAUAUGCGGUAACGGUGGCAGUGGCUUCUCACCUGCUGAAGUAGAUACGAAGAUGGACCGACAGAAACAACAUAAUAUUUAUAGUAUCUUGGUGGCCCUGCCUGCCCCAGUGGGUCACUUUAUGUGUGCAGAUUUUUCCUCAUACUCAAGACGAAGACAGACACUCUUUCCCACGCGCAACCAGCCCUUCUCCACAUGUAGUAGACAUAUUGUACACCUCCUUUUGAUGAAAAAUUAAU